AGUCUCCGACGAACCUUAGAACCGAGCAGUCGCCAUGCAAGCGCACGUAUUUACAGUGGCCCAGUGUCAUAGUGUCCUAGUAUGAAGUGAAAAAAUCCAAGGAAUAUGGUGAAAAGUGAAAAGUGAAAGGCAGUGAAAAGCCUGAAAGGGCAUGGAACAUAACGCAGAACUCGCACCCCCACAGCCGCACAGUGAAGCGCCUUACCAUCACAAGUGCAUUAUUCGGUGCGAUGAAAAUUCUUCAGCGCCCAAAAAUAGAGUGAAAUGUGUGCUGCAUAUUGUUGUUGCUGCUACUGAGUGGGUGAAGGGAGGGGGAGAGGCCACGACGGAAACUAACCUACAUUUUCGCGCUCUUUCGCACGCUUUUGCUGACACACACACAGACACACGUGCGGUGGCAGGGAGGCCACUGUGCUAUCUCUUUCGCACUCACCCUUUGGGCCGCGAAAGAAAUCAACAGUAAAUUGUAAUAACACUUCUUAGACUGCCAGUAGGCUUUCGUAUGUGUGUGUGUGUGUGCGUGUGUCAAACAAUGUGCGUGCCCGAAGUUUUUUGCUUUGUUCUGUUUCUGUUUUUGUUGCUGGUUCCGUUUCAACAUCCCCACCCACUCACAUUCGCAUUGUUGCACAGUUGCGACUAAAUAAAAAUGUAAUUAAUGUAAAAUAAAAUCAAAUAAAACACAGCAGCAGGAGCAAAAACAACUGGAUCGGGAAUAGUGAGUGAGCCAGUGUUGGAAAGUCGAUGUUAAGGUGCGAGUGAAGGCGUACGUGUGUAAGUGUGCUUUAUGUGCGUGUGUUACAGGCCUAAGAAAGUGAAAUACGAAAAUAGAAAUAUAAAUUGCCGGAGUGCAAACACACAAGCGAUUACAUAAAGCCCAACUAUCAUCCCGAACAUCCGACAACUGCAACCAGCGGAGAAUAUAAACACUGAUGGCCAAUGCUUAAAGAAAACAUACGCAUCGCAUCGCAAAAUGUAAAGCAAUAAUCAGCACAACAAAGCCAAAGCUCACAAUAGAAGUAGACGAGGCUGAGGAACUGAGCUGGGACGAUGCCAAAUGCCAUUAUUGGAAACGGUCGUAGUAGAUUUGCAUAGUAUAGCAAUAGCAGCAGACAUCAUGAAAGCCCCCAGCGUGAUAAGCACAGCAACAAUAUCAACAGCAAUAGUAGAUACUAGGCACAACAUGGUUAACAAAGGGAACGGUGACAAUAUUAUCGGUAAACUGAGCGAUCCGCUCGCUUGAAUAGUGAGAUAGACAUAUGCCCAGUGUUCGAAAAUCGAGUGAGAAGCCUGGCAAGAGAGAGCGCGACCAAGGCAUGCAGCUGCCCUAAGGACUUCGCCCACGACGACGACGGAGUCGAAGGACCAAGAAGCAACCGCAACCAGAGGCAGCAGCACCCAACAUAACGACGACAAUCAGUCAAGAUGAGUGAUGAUCAAGCGACGUCCAACGAUGAGAAAGCUGUCGCCAAGCACCAGGUUGUCGCGUACACGCAGAGGUCGCAGGUCAAGCACGAGAACCGGCACAUCCAGCUGGUGCGGGAGUACGGCUUCCACCCGCGCACCAAGGCCUCCGUGGAGGACGGCGACGUGCUGCCCCGCAAGUUCGAGCCCUUUCCGGAGCACAUGUACGGAAAGCCGCUGGAGGAGAUUGACACCUUCAUUUACGAGGAGACCUUCUGUGUAGUAUCCAAGCGGUUCCGGAAGAACUACAUCCAUCGCUUCACGGGCACCAAGAGCCUCUUCCUCUUCUACCCAUGGAGCCCAGCAAGGCGCGUUUGCGUCUACAUCGCCACCAACCAGUUCUUCGACUACUGCGUCAUGGCCACCAUUCUGUUCAACUGCAUCUUCCUGGCCAUGACGGAGACCGUGGAAGAGGCGGAGUACAUCUUUCUGGCAAUUUACUCUAUCGAAAUGGUCAUCAAGAUUAUUGCCAAGGGCUUUCUGCUCAACAAGUACACGUAUCUGCGAAACCCGUGGAAUUGGCUGGACUUCGUGGUAAUUACUAGUGGCUACGCCACCAUCGGCAUGGAGGUGGGCAACCUGGCGGGGCUGCGCACUUUUCGCGUGCUGCGCGCCCUCAAGACGGUGUCCAUCAUGCCCGGAUUGAAGACGAUCAUCAACGCGUUGCUGCACUCCUUCCGCCAGCUGGCGGAGGUCAUGACGCUGACCAUCUUCUGUCUGAUGGUCUUCGCGCUCUUUGCCCUCCAGGUAUACAUGGGCGAGCUGCGCAAUAAGUGCGUGCGCCAGGUUCCCACCGACUGGACGAACGUCUCUCAUACGGACUGGCAGAUCUGGGUCAACGACACCGACAACUGGCUAUAUGACGAGGAUGAACUGCCCGUGCUGUGUGGUAACUUAACUGGAGCCCGACACUGCCCUUUCGAGUACGUGUGCCUCUGCGUAGGCGAGAAUCCCAAUCAUGGCUACACCAACUUUGACAACUUUAUGUGGUCCAUGCUGACGACAUUCCAGCUAAUCACGCUCGACUACUGGGAGAAUGUAUAUAACAUGGUACUGGCAACAUGUGGUCCUAUGAGCGUCUCCUUCUUUACGGUGGUGGUUUUCUUUGGUUCGUUUUAUCUAAUCAAUCUGAUGUUGGCUGUAGUGGCGUUAAGUUACGAGGAGGAAGCAGAGAUAACAAACGAGGAACGCAAGAAGGAUCUCUUGGACCAUCGGGAUGACUCCACUUUUAGCUUCGAUCCCUCGGUGCUCAACGUAAAAAAACUAAACAAGAACAACAAAAAAAAGAUCGACUCACGGAAAGGAGUCCUCUUGGCAUCGUACAGCAAGAAAAAAACUAGGCGAAAAAAAACCAAAGGCGGAAAGGAAGGUGGCACCAACGGCAAUGGGAACGGCAGCAACGGGGACGACAACAAAUCCCAUUCGGCCACCCCCAGCCCUGGACCAAGUCCCCGCCAUAGCGCAACUGAACGCCCCUCGGCACUUACUAUGCAAGCUCAAAAACAAUACCAGCAGAUGGAGCAGCAGCACAAGCUGGCCAAAUCAGGUAGUGGCGGUAGCAACACUUCAAUGGCCCCUACGCCCAAGGGGCGCAUCAGCUUCCAGGACACCGGUAUGGGCGUAAAGAACCCUAAUAUGCUUUACCCCUCGGAUUACAAAGGCCAGCUCAUCGCCAGCAGCGGUCAGCCGAGCUCAAACUCAAGCGGCGUGAACCGCGAGUCCUCGCAGGACGACUCUGGGGUAGUGGACGAUCACGAGGAACAAGAUACGACGAACGAUAUGGGGCACGUGUCCACCGUUGAGCUGGCUCUCUCUCCACGCGAGGUACGCCUUAUUAAAUGCAAUGGAAACAUUGCCCGCAUCAAGAACCACAAUGUGUACGCCCUGCACCAGGAAUUCUCUUCGGAGGUGGUGGUGAUCGAUGACCUACCCGACCGAAACUGUGAUCGCUGCGUUCAUUGGUGCACCGACUAUGAAAGCUGGCUACAAUUUCAAAACUGCCUAUACAAGGUAGUGAGGGAUCCCCUUUUCGAGCUGGCCAUCACACUUUGCAUCGUGUUAAACACAGCCUUUUUGGCCAUGGAACACCAUGGGAUGAGUGAGAGCUUCCGCAACGCCCUGGAUGUGGGAAACAAAGUCUUUACGUCAAUUUUCACGUUUGAGUGCAUUGUCAAGCUAAUGGCUCUGUCUAAAGAUUUUUUUCUUUGCGGAUGGAACAUUUUCGACCUUCUUAUCGUUACUGCGAGCUUGCUGGAUAUAAUAUUUGAGUUGGUUGAUGGCUUGAGUGUCUUGCGUGGCUUGCGUUUGCUAAGGGUAUUAAAAUUGGCUCAAUCGUGGACUACAAUGAAAGUGCUGCUUAGCAUUAUAAUCUCGACGAUCGGCGCUCUUGGCAAUCUCACGCUCAUUUUGGUCAUAGUUAUCUACAUAUUCGCUGUUAUCGGCAUGCAACUGUUCUCCAAAGACUAUACGCCCGAGAAGUUUGAUCCAGAUCCAGUGCCAAGAUGGAAUUUCAAUGACUUCUUUCACUCAUUUAUGAUGAUCUUUCGCAUUCUGUGCGGCGAAUGGAUCGAGCCUCUUUGGGAUUGUAUGCGAGCCGAAGAAGAGCAAGGAGCCUCCACCUGCUUUGCCAUUUUCCUGCCGACCCUAGUGAUGGGAAACUUCAUGGUGCUUAACUUGUUCUUGGCCUUGUUGCUCAACAGUUUUAACUCCGAGGAGCUCAAGUCGAAAAAAGAGGAAGUGGGCGAGGAGUCCAAGUUGGCAAGGAGUAUCGAACGAGUGCGCGAUCUGAUUCGCAAGAAGCGACAAGAGCGCAAGGAUCGCAAGGAACGAAAGUUUGCUGAGAAGUUCCAGCAGAUCGUAAUAGACGCCCAGCAGGCGCAUGCUCAGACUCACUCCCAUCAGGCUGCAGUUGGUCUGGAGAGAGGCGACAAGCCCGGUGUGCUGGCCGAAACCAAGUUUCAUAGAUUGAGCUAUCAGGAAUCUAUGAAUCGCCCAGUUUCUGGAUCCGAUUUUGGCUUCCAGAUUCCUCUGCAUGACGGGCUGCAUACGAUAGUCGAUGGCCUUGAGUAUGAUGACACGGGAGACUUGCCAGAGCAGAUCCAGCUACAGGCGCAUCCACUGCCACCCACUUCAGACUCGAUGCCACCUACGUAUGAAAGUGCUAUGAUGGCCACCACUGGAGGCUCAUUUUCCUCUGUCAAUGGAAACGGGACCUGCCAAAAUCUAACGCCGUUCGUCCAUUCGGAGCGCCGGCUGCAGCACCAAAUCUCUUCGGGAGUGAGCACCCAACAGAACGAUUCACGCGAGGAGGCUACCUACACAGAAUCAAUCGAGCUGCGCCUGCUGGGCCAAUACAAUUCAACCGAUACAGACCCGUACGCUAACGAUCAAAGGAGCGGCUGUGGUUCCUUUAACCGAGGCGACUCACUGCAGGACAACUCAUCGCGGCGCUAUGGAAGCGAAGAGCACGACGAGGCCUAUCUCAAGUAUCAGAAGUCCCUGCUGACGCGAUCACCUAGCUACCGAAAGUCACUGGAUCGCUUAUCCCAAUCUAGUGGGCAGUCUCAGCGCUCAUUGCUCAAGUCAGAAGAGGCUGAGAUGCGGCGACAUUCCAUCGGUCAGUCCCUGAACUCCAUAUCUAUUGAACAGGAUGAACUGCUGUCUCAGCAGGGCAAUUUGCGAGAGGAACUGCUCAACUGCGACCAAAAGGAACUAUUUCAGUUCCUGCAGGAGGAAGAGGAUCUGCAAAAAGGGACCAACCUGAGCCGUAUCUCAAAUGUCAUGAGAUCCCGACGACCGUCUAGUCAGAUGGGACAGCCUGAGAACGAAUCAUUGGUGGAACACUCAGAGUUUGACAAUAUAAUUCAGAGUUUUGAGAAAGAACUAGAAGAGAUCAAGCGAUCCACCACAUCGUUAGAGCGCAAACUUUCCAACCUUUCAGAGCCCUCUCCGGCGGCCGAUGAAGCCACUAAAGCCAUUAUGGAGCACAUUGCUAUCAUUACAGGAGCCUCCGAGCGAUCGGCCGCCGACGAGGUAGUGCUCCCCUUAAACCCGUACGACAGUUAUGACCUGUCAAGCGUACCACGACGUUCGCAAUCCGUCAGCGCAGCCGCUCAGCGCCAGUCCGUAAAACUAAAGCGUCGCAGCUUAGAAAAACAACGCAAGAUCGAUGAGGACUUUAGCAUCUCAAAUGAGAUACGCAAAAUCUGUGAUCAAAUCCACGCCCCCUUCGUGGCCAUGGAAGCAAUGGCAGUCGCAGCCACCAGCGCCAGCCAGGCGCAACCUAAUCAAUCACCCUUUCUCAGGCGAAAGGUCGAUCCGUUCACAGUGCAGUUUGAUCGCUUCAAGCGUCUUUCCCUAAUUGAGCGCGUGGAGGAAGUACCCGAGGAGGAGAAGCCUAUCUCGACGCUACGCAUUGAGUCGGAGAAGAUGCCGCGCAAGUUUCAGCAUGGUCCCGACCAGCUGCGUCUGGACAGCCUCUCUCUAAAGAGCACGAACUCGUACGAAAACCUCCUGAUCCAGAAACAAAAGCUGGGCAUGGCCACGCCACCCGCCGCUACUCCUGCUACUCCGCCUACCUCCUUAAAAUCGAGCAUCGAGCCACCGACACUGGCGCAAAUUUCAUCGCUAAAAACCACCCCGCCGCUGGCUGCUCUUACCGAGCACCAGCAGCACUUUCAUGCCACUAGCAUUCAAGCAGCACCCACUCACGCCCACGCCCAUGCCCACUCUCAGGCACAUGCUCACUCAAUGGCUGGGCAGCGGCGACGCAUGGAGCAUCCACAAUCGACGCUAGACAAAGCCGCAUCCUUCCAGUCAGCGCGCACCGAGUCGCACAGCUCGGGAGCGGCAGACACAAGCUCAGCCCUGGCUCUGGCCAUGGCCCAAAAGACUGAGCAGUCGCAGUCGACGGCGCCAGAUGCCACCCAGAAGCCGUCUGCAUUUACGCGACUGACCGAAAAACCAUGGCAUUGUUUGGUUUCCUACGUAGACGAUCUCACUGUCGGUGGGAGGCGUAACUCGCAGGGAGCUUACAAUGAUCCCAUGACUUUUCCGAGCUACGGGGCCACAAAGGCCGCCAAGGUGCCUGACGAUUGUUUUCCUCAGAAGUGCUACGAUCAUUUCUACUUUCGCUGCCCCUGGUUCAUGAGCUGCAUGGACACGCAGAGCGCCAAGCACUGGACGCGCGUGAGGACGGCUGUCUUAACGGUUGUCGAUACUCCGGCCUUUGAGUGGUUUGUGUUGGUGCUGAUCUUUGCGUCAAGUAUCACGCUCUGCUUCGAGGACAUUAACCUGGACAAGAACAAGACGCUAAAAAGAGUGCUAUACUGGAUUAACUUCUCCUUCUGUCUGAUUUUCGUCGUUGAAAUGAUCCUCAAGUGGCUGGCCCUCGGAUUUUCCAAGUACUUUACCAGCUUCUGGACCAUUCUUGAUUUCAUCAUAGUGUUUGUAUCAGUAUUCUCGCUGCUUAUUGAAGAGAAUGAGAACCUUAAGGUCCUAAGAUCGCUACGCACACUACGAGCUUUGCGUCCGCUGAGAGCCAUCUCUCGGUGGCAAGGAAUGCGAAUUGUAGUAAACGCUCUCAUGUAUGCAAUACCAUCAAUUUUCAAUGUUCUUUUGGUUUGUUUGGUUUUUUGGUUGAUCUUCUCAAUAAUGGGUGUUCAGUUCUUUGGUGGUAAAUUUUUUAAGUGCGUUAAUGAGAUGGGCGAGCUACUGCCGAUUACUGAGGUUAACGACAAGUGGGACUGCAUCGAACAGAACUACACGUGGAUUAACUCUAAGAUUACUUUCGACCACGUGGGGAUGGGCUAUCUGGCCCUGCUGCAAGUGGCGACCUUCGAGGGCUGGAUGGAGGUAAUGGCCGACGCUGUUGAUGCUCGUGGAGUGGACCUGCAACCGCAGCGGGAAGCCAACCUAUAUGCGUAUAUUUAUUUUGUUAUAUUUAUUGUGUGCGGAUCGUUCUUCACACUGAAUCUAUUCAUUGGAGUUAUUAUUGAUAACUUUAACAUGCUUAAGAAGAAGUAUGAAGGAGGAGUGUUGGAAAUGUUUCUCACCGAAUCUCAAAAACACUAUUACACGGCUAUGAAAAAAUUGGGACGAAAGAAACCACAGAAAGUUAUUAAGCGACCUAUAAAUCAUUUUUUAGCUAUGUUUUAUGAUUUAUCCAAUUCGAGAAGGUUCGAGAUCGCGAUCUUUGUACUGAUUUUUCUAAAUAUGCUUACAAUGGGCAUAGAGCACUACGAUCAGCCUCAUGCAGUCUUCUUCAUUCUGGAAGUGAGCAACGCCUUUUUCACCACAGUAUUUGGUCUAGAAGCCAUUGUGAAGAUUGUCGGUCUGCGCUACCACUACUUCACAGUCCCAUGGAACAUGUUCGACUUCCUUCUGGUGCUGGCCUCCAUCUUCGGGAUUCUGAUGGAAGACAUCAUGAUAGACCUGCCCAUUAGUCCGACGUUACUUCGGGUGGUCCGCGUCUUUCGCAUUGGGCGUAUAUUGCGGUUGAUCAAGGCCGCCAAGGGUAUCAGAAAGUUGCUAUUCGCUCUCGUAGUGUCCCUGCCCGCCCUCUUUAACAUCGGAGCUCUGCUAGGACUGAUCACCUUUAUCUACGCAAUUCUGGGCAUGUCGCUGUUCGGAAAUGUCAAGCUCCAAGGUGCCCUCGAUGACAUGGUGAACUUCCAGACCUUCGGGCGCAGCAUGCAGUUACUGUUCCGGUUGAUGACCUCAGCCGGGUGGAACGACGUCCUUGAGUCCCUGAUGAUACAGCCGCCCGACUGCGACCCAUUUAUCCAUGGGCACACUAACGGAAACUGCGGUCACCCGCUUCUAUCCAUUACCUACUUUACGAGCUUUAUCAUCAUCAGCUAUAUGAUUGUGAUCAACAUGUAUAUUGCCAUUAUCCUGGAAAACUUCAAUCAGGCGCACCAGGAGGAGGAAAUCGGCAUCGUCGAGGACGAUCUGGAAAUGUUUUACAUUCGCUGGUCAAAAUACGAUCCACAUGCCACCCAAUUUAUACACUUCUCGCAACUGUCCGAUUUUAUUGCCUCUCUCGAUCCACCAUUGGGCAUCUCGAAGCCCAAUAAUGUCGCUUUAGUGUCAUUUAAUCUACCCAUUUCUAGGGGUAAUAAAAUACACUGUCUCGACAUUUUGCACGCGCUCGUUAAGCACGUGCUAGGUCAUGUCGAGGAGACCGAUAACUUCAAACAGUUGCAGGAACAAAUGGAUGUCAAGUUCAAGAAACAGUUUCCAACGCGCAAAGAAUUGGAAAUUGUUUCGUCGACGCGGAUCUGGAAGCGCCAGGAAAAGGCGGCCAAGACCAUUCAAACGGGCUGGAAGGAAUAUUUGCGGCGCAAGCGGGAAAAGGAACGCUCCAAUUCUGGGGACAGCGCCACUCAAACCUCCAGCCCUGGCGGAUGGCAAACAAAACUUUCUGCCCUAAAUUUCUUCCACCUUCAGGUGAGUCGUCGAGGCACCGCCUGCUCCAGUCGAGCCUCGUCUCGAAAAUCGUCGCGUGCCUCGGAUGCAUCCGAUCUUAGCGAACUAGCUGGGCCCUGGUUGAACCUGCCUCUGAUGCUCGUCUCAGGUGCCGACGAAGUAGUCAAGGAUAUAAAACAGCAAAACGACGAGCUGGGCAAACGCAAAUCCUCUUGUAUCUCCCUAAACUAUGAGUCCCUGCUCGCAGACAUGGUCACUGCCGUUCUCAGAAGUGGCUCGCAGCCUAGUGGCUUGAAUUAUCUAGCCGCAAUGAACAACACGACCAACACCACCUCAAACUCCGCCUCCACCUCCGGCACGGCCUCCUCCACCGCCACCGCCCCAGCCACUGGGUGUGGCCCAGCAGCCACCUCCGCCUCCGACAGCGACCGACACCAGGCGGUGGGGGGUGGGUCGGCUCCUUCACGUAAGCGCGCCUCUAGUUUCAUUCGCAAGAAACCGCCCCUAGAAAGAGGUUUGUCAGCACAAAGCGCUUUAAGAGUAAACAAGAACGCUUUUGUCUCUGAGGCGCCAGCCCCCGAGGUGAUCGUCACCAGGCCGUCGCCGGAGCAACAGACGCAUCCGCACUCGCUGAGCCUGCGUCCGGACAACGCAACCCUGGUCCACGUACUGGUACACCGCGAGAGCGAAGAGUACAAGGAGGAGGAUGAGAGCAGCCCGUCCUCGAGCGGCAACGGAAAUCGUUUUGGUAUAGGCCUGGACAUGCUUGGCAAGCAGCCGCCGCCUCAGAUACGCAUCACAACUGGCUCGGUAGAGAGCUCAAUGGACACGUGCGCGAUGCCCACUGUCCAGAUCAUGGUGGACAGUCCGAAGGACCCGCCACGAGGCGAUUUCAGCUCAGCGGUGAUUGAUGAUGUGGGUGCGCCAAUCGAUGUGAAUGUCCAGGGCGAUACUUCGCAGGUGUUUUACGACUAUAAUCCUGAGAAAGUCACCGACGACCAAGGGAAUGGGCAGGACGAGACAGCACAGUUCGAAUCACUUCCAGACAGACAGAGAUGACCUCCGGUCAACACUCCUCUGCGGGAUUCGGAGAAACGCUCCAGCCGUGGCAGCCGCAGUAGUAGCAGCAGCACCAGCAGCAUCAGGAGCUGCUCGUCCUCCUCGUCGUCGUCGGCGGCAUCGGCAGCCGCACCCUCGGCACGGCGUACAAGCUGACAACCUUCGGUCUGAGUGCGUAUUCUUUGCCGAUUCCUGUGUGCAUUUGUGUCAGAACUUGUAGUUUCUUAGGCUUAGGCAUGGGGCCCGCCCUUUGUUAUCAUAGUCGAUUACCUAUAUAGUUAUAUAUUAAUCGCUUUAUACGAUAUACAUAUAUACACAUAUACAGAUACGAAGCUAUUCAAAUUUAUACAUGCAAUAUCAGUUUAAGGAGGAAAUCAAUAUUAACUAUGUUAACAAGAACGUGCAUUAAACCGUUGUAGUACUCGAAUCUAAUCAAAACUCCGAAUGAGUCGGAAUCGCCAUCAUCAUGGUUAAUGUCACAAUCAGAAUUGAGGAAGAGCAAAUUUGUCGGUAGUUUACUGCCCGAUUUAGUUGUAGUCAGAAUGCCUGACCCACAAGUGAGACAAUGAAGGCAAGGCAUCGGCACGGCCUUCUAUUCUCCUGCCGUGGGCCAACUUUCUGCCACAUUUUCGAAGGUUGUUUUUGAACUAUACAAUACGUAGAGGUUUGCAUCACAUGCAUACAUAACAUGUGUAACUAACUAUCGCGGUUAGAUCUAGGCUCAUAACUGUAGUGUUUGUUUCGUAAUUAUCGACUUGCAUAUACGGAAGGUAUAUGUGAAUAGUAUCUAAAUACAUUUUGUACAUAUGCCAAAGGAAGUAUUUUAAAUUAAAGAUCUAAUACUAUAGUUACAGACAUAUGACGUUAGUUAGAUACAACUUAUUGAAAUAUUUAUAAAGGUUUUUCGUUACGAUAGCGCAAAGAUUGCCGAUUACAAAUGCGAUUACGAUAGCGAAUAUUAUCCAUUACCGAUUGUUCGAAGUACAAAAGCGAAGUAUUAGUAGUUUUGAUUAUUAUUAUAUUGUAUUGUACAUAUCUUAUGGCUCCUCCCUCAUCCCCAUCUCCCUUUCUCUUGUGCAUCCAACGUUAAAAACAAAGACGUUAAAAUACGAAGAUGCGUAGCGCCAUUCCAUUUUUUUUUUUUGCAAACACCAAUACGUGGCCGUUACGCAUCUUAGAGAUUAUAUUGGUCUUUGGUAACAACUAAGCCAAAAACAAUGUCAAGUGAUUUUGUACUCAACGCACUUACAUAUAUAAAUCAAUCCUAAUCCCAGUCGGGAUUAACACACUAUCAAUCAGCAGUCCACAUAAGUACCAGUCAGAAGAAGUUUACGAAGGUGAAGUUUUUAAGUUUAUUUUCGAUAAGUGCAGUCGAAAGAAGCAAAUCAAAAGCAGGACGUAACAUUUUUGGUCUCCUAUACAAUGAACAACCAACAAGCUUCCACAUGAACUCUAUUUUAGCAAAAUAAUUUACAAUUUACACUCACUUUAUUGUACGACUAAGAAUGGUUAGGACGGGCCAAGUUUCCAAGAAACUCGCCUUGUUUUGUUACUUUUUAAGUGUUGUUCUCUCUUUUAAGUCUCCAUUGUGAUCGCAUUAAGUUUAAACAUCGAACAGGAAAAAGAGUUAAGAAGUGAAUAACGUACACUCCGAGUGGGAAAAUAUUAACAAAUCCCGAAUUACUUAUGCACCCCCGCGCCAUUCAGGGCACUUUGCUACUCUUACUCUACUUUCAUAACUUAACAACAGACAAUCAGACAGCGAUUGAUAGUAAGUUGAAAUUCUAUGGUACCAACUAAACGUUUUUUCCAGAAACAAACAACCAAAUGAACACACAACAACUUAAUUGUGAUUUUAACUGCAAUUUUUACACAGAAAAUACAAAAAGUAAGGUCAUAAUUUUAAUUAGAAUUGUUAACAAGGAAACAAAACCAAAAACAGACAGAAACCAAACACUCGUCAAUUAAGUGAUAUUUAAUAUUGGUACGUACUCGUAUUCGAUUGUACAUAAACGAAAAACGAUUAUGAUAAUGGUAACGAAAUAGCAAUAGAACCUGAUUCCAACCAGAAAAAAACUAAAAACUCAAAAAAAGAGAAAUGCUUUUAUUUUAGUUUUCUUCAACAAAAAUCGAUUAACCAGAUUACAGAGCGAGGCGAGACCAGUCGGAGCGAUGCAAUGAUGUGGGAUGUUUAAUUUAGUCAUAGAGUAUAACGACAAUAAAAGGAAUGAUGCAUAUUCAAUUAUAGAGACGCUAGUUCGAGUCAUCGUUACCGAAACCAAUACUCAAACAACAGCAACAGGCAGGCCACUCACACAGAAUCUGGGAACACAAGGACAAACUUAACUCUUAGAUAAUCGUAAUCGCAGUAGAUGCGGCUUUCGUCCCACUCAAGUCGGUCAAUAGCAGUACGAAGCAAGCGAACCGGAAUUGGAGGAGAAGACAGAUCCGAAUCCUAUGCAUUUAGAGCUCACGCAACACAGACAAGACAUUAAGACAAUCUCCCGGACUUGGGAGAGAUAGGUGGAUGCAGGAUGCAGAAAGCAAAACCACAGGAAGUACACAAAUAUAUACCUAUAGUUAGCAAUACGGCUGGUUUAAUUAGGCAUGCCUUACAGAAUACACGAUUUUAUUUAUAUAUAUACAUUGUUGAGAUUAAAGUAUAUACGAAAGAUAGCAGUUAAUGUUUCAUCGGCCACGCUACCAGCAGCAGAAUAAGACGAAUAAUACCACUUAAACCGAAUAACAAGUCGUAAGAUUGUCCAAAACGCUCCGAGAACUAAGUCAAUUAUUUUGAUUUGCCGCUUUAAAGGUCCUAGUCCUAGUCCUCUAACAAUAACAGCAGCUAAUCAACAGCGAUAUCAAGUCGAGUAACCAAACUAAGGCCUAGUAGUAAUUUGUAUUCUAGCUUAGCUUAAUCGAUCGAUGCCUGCGCUUCACUCACGCCAUAAAACGGCCUGAAGCUUUUUAUCCGUUGCUGUCGGAAAUCAUAAAAAACAAAUAAUUAGGCUGAAAAUUGUUAACAAAUUAUGACCGCACAGCUUGCAUAAAUUUCCAGUCGGUUUUCCAUUGCCAUUGAUUGCCUCGUUAGCUCUUUACGCCCGUGUAAUUCGAUUUGGUCCGCUACGCUCAGUUCAGCUCUGACUUAAACAAAAGAAUUAUGAUAGAAGGAAGACAAAAAAGUAAAAGAUUAAGAUCCCAUUAACCAUAAUAUGUGACUAACACACAUUUUGAACCGAAUCAUAUCAAAUCAAAAUAAAAGAAGAUUAAGUAAAGCGAAUAACUAAAUGAAAACUCUAAAAAGCGUACAUCUAACAUUUGAAAUUAAAUAUUUAUUCGGGUACAAAUGGUACAGUAAUGAUAUUCGUUUAUACAAUAUUUACUGUCUAUAUAACCAUUAUAUACUACUUACUUACUGACAAUUAUUAAGGGUUUUGUUCAAUUUCAUUACUCGUAUGUUAAUAAAAACAAUUUCCGACUAA